AGCCGCGUUUUCAGUGACACAAGAAAAAACAAGCUUAAAGGAAAGGGGAAAGGAGGAUCAUGUGGAGAAGAGAAAGAGGAGGCCGGUUGAGAGGGCGACAUGAAAGAAGAGAUGGUGGAGGCACAGAAGAGGAGUUUGAUGAGGAUCGAGGAUUGCGAGUCCCAUUUCUCCAAUGACCUGGCGACAUGGGUGAAAAAUGCGAUACGAUCCCACUCGCCACAUCAGCCACGGUGCGAGACGCCCCUGUCGCGCACCACCGGCCACGAGUGGCGAGUGGAGGAACGAAGGUCCAAGAACGAGGAAUCGGAUUAAAGACUAAAGGGCAAGACAGGGCAGGGAAAAAAUCGUGAGUGGAAGCAGCUAGGAUGACGAGAUGACCCGAGACUGAAAUUAAUUGGAUAGAGAAGU